AUGAUAAGCAGAGAUUCAGCAGAAGGCGCGACGGACGGGCCAGCAGCUAUCGUCCUUACCAAGGAGGAGCGGCGGCGAGGUAUAUACGCUCCAGAAACGCUGGGAAAGGUCCUUUCGGCGCUGCACCAAGAUGGCUUGGUGCUGUUGAAGGGUAUCAUCGAUGUCGGACAUAUCGACGCUAUUAAUAGUAAAAUGUGCGAAGAGGUCGAGCACUUCCUAGCAGAUCCGAAGCAGGCAUUCAACCACGGCAUCAAGUCGAACUUCCUCCAGCGCCCACCAGUUGCUGAGCCUUCGCUCCUCUUCGAGGAUGUAUAUUUCAAUACUUUCCUGUUGCAGGUCGCCAAUGCAUACCUCGGUCACAAGCCGAUCUUCAACUGGAUCACAUCAAACAACGCCCUUGCCAACACAGGCGGAGUACGCCAGCCGGUGCACAAAGAUAAUGCCUUUGUCCAUCCACAAUUUCCGUAUUACUUUAUCGCCAACAUACCUCUGUGCGACUUCAGUGUCGCCAACGGAGCGACCGAGUUCUGGCUCGGAAGCCACAGUCACACGUCACAAGCCGAUCAACUGAAGGCAACGGGAAAAGACCUCGACAUAUACCCGCAUAGCAAGCUCGGAGAACCCAUUCCCGGCAUCACAGAGGAAGCGCUGAAGGUGAGGAGGGCAGUAAGACCACCUGUGCAGCCAGAGUGUCACAAGGGAGACGUCAUGAUCCGCGACAUCAGGACAUGGCACGCAGGGAUGGCGAAUGGAAGUGACAUGCACAGGAUUAUGAUAGGGCUGGGAUAUAUGAGUCCAAGCUAUCCCAACUUCUUGCAGAGAUGCCAUCUUCCGGAAAGUCAGAGGCCGUUCUGGCUCGGAAGCGACAAAGUCGAGUUGAGGGCCAAUUUCUGGGACGACGAGGAGUUCAAGAAGACCAAGAGAGACUCUGAAUUCCUGCUGCGGCCAACAUAUCUCUGCUAG